AUGCACGUCAUCUCCUCUGCACCCGCCGCUCCGUCGCGGAACCCGCCGCGGACGUCGUACUCGUCCCUCGGAGGGAGAACAGUGCGUUUGGAGGCUCCGGAUGGGCUGACGGGCCGCUGGGAUGGACCCGUGUACGCAACGAUUGGUCGUGAGCCGAGUCUCCGGGAGUCUGCAGCCAGCCUAUUCUUCGACGAUGCUGAUGGACUGAAGCGACCUGGCUGGCAGGCCACUCUCACGUUUCUAUUGCCUGGUCAGCGCCGAUCUGACGUCGACCCCGCGCUCCAAGAGCACGUUGAUGUGAAGUAUUGGAUCCCGCAUUGGCGACUGACGCAACCGUCCCAUGAUUUGUCGGAGGAGCUCCUGGAGCGUCCUCUUCUUUCGGUUUUUCGGUUCCUGCGGUUUUCCCAGUUCUUCGUGGCCUCAGCUGAUUGUGACACCAAGUUCGUUCGUCACACCUCUGAGGUGUACUUGUGUGGUCAAGCUCUCACCUACGGUCGAGCUUCGACCAUCGUUUUGGUGGAUGACAUAAACCUUGUGCUGGAUCCGGGAUGCAAUUACUUGUGUAUGAUGGGUCCAAGCCAUCUCACGUGA